UCCCCGACAAUAUUGUCACAAUUUCCACUUGGCCUUGUCUCUCUUAGAACAUGGAGUAAAUAAUGGAAGCUUUCCCCUACUCUAUAACUCCAACUCCCUUUCUUUCAGACCAACCAUAAAAGCUAUAUAAUCUCUCAUACAAAACAUCAAACACAUAUAUAUUCUUACACACACUCCUUGUACCAAAAAAGAAAAAAGAAAAUCCCACUUCCUAUUCUAUCAUUACAAUCAAAUCCAACUAUAAAAAAAAAAUAGCAAUGGAAAUUGACUCCCAUCUUUCCUCAACAUUCAAGCAAAGGGGUGAAAUGGCUAUGGAAAUUGAAUCAGUUAGAUGUGAGUGUUGUGGAUUGAAAGAAGAUUGUACCCAAGAUUAUAUCAAUGAAGUUAAGUCCAAAUUUGAAGGGAAAUGGUUAUGUGGGUUAUGUUCAGAAGCUGUUCGAGAUGAAGUGAGUAGAAACAAGAAACAACAAUUUGGGGUUGAAGAAGCUGUUGAAGCUCAUAUGUCAUUUUGUGGCAAAUUCAAAUCCAAUCCAGCAGUUCGUGUAGCUGAUGGUAUGAGACAGAUGCUGAGAAGGUCUGGGGAUUUUUCAAAUAAUCGUAAUUCACCAUCUUCAUCUUCAUCUUCAUCUUCUUCUAAGAAGUUCACAAGAUCAGCUACCACAAAAUUGUACUAAUUUGUCUAAAAAUCAAAGAGGAAAGGGUUUCACUUUUACUUUAGAUGAAUAAUAUUUUAUAGCUAUAAGUCCUUCUCUUUUGGGGGCUACUACUUUUUUUUUCAACUUUGUUUUUGUGCAGGAGAUGUAAUUACAAUGAAGGCUUCUUCUUCUUCUUCUUCUUGAA